CUAGCCUCUUUCCCAGCCGGCCUCCCGGAGCACCAGUGCCUUCGCCCCGUUAGGAACGGGCAACAGGGGACCGUAACGCUUGGGGGAACCUGAAGUCCUCACCAUGGCUGGGCCGGGCUGGAGCCUCCGACUGUGCGUCCUCUGCCAGGUGCUCAGCCUCUCCCUGGCCCAGAUUGUAAAGGACCGCCCGGGAGAACCGGGGCCCCCUGGUCCCCCAGGUCCGCCAGGAGUGCCGGGCUCAGAUGGUCUUGACGGUGACAAAGGACCUCCUGGCAAACCUGGAUUUCCGGGACAAAAAGGUGACCCGGGGAAACCAGGGCCAAACGGGCCAGAUGGGAAGCCAGGGAUUGAUGGUUUAACUGGAGCCAAGGGAGAAGCAGGCCCUCAGGGGGCUCCUGGAGUCAAGGGCCAACCUGGCCUCCCCGGCCCCCCAGGUCUGCCGGGCCCUGGCUUUGCAGGACCCCAGGGACCUCCAGGACCAGUUGGACUCCCAGGAGAGAUUGGUGUCCCCGGCCCCAAGGGGGACCCUGGACCGGACGGACCAUCAGGACCCCCUGGGCCCCCAGGAAAACCCGGUCGCCCAGGGACCAUUCAGGGCCUUGAAGGCAGUGCCGACUUCCUGUGUCCAACCAACUGUCCAGCUGGGGUGAAGGGGCCACAGGGGCUGCAGGGGGUGAAGGGACAUCCGGGCCGUCGGGGACCCCUGGGGGAGCCAGGCAGACAAGGGAAACCGGGUCCCAAAGGAGAUGUGGGUGCAUCUGGUGAGCAGGGAAUUCCUGGUCCCCCGGGUCCCCAGGGCAUCAGGGGCUAUCCAGGCAUGGCUGGAUCCAAAGGAGAGACGGGUCCCCAAGGCUACAAGGGGAUGCUUGGGUCCAUUGGUGCUGCUGGGAAGCCUGGUGAGGAGGGCCCUCGGGGGCCACCAGGCAGAGUUGGGGAGAAAGGAGACAUGGGUGGUCAAGGAGUUCGAGGUCCCCAGGGAAGCGGGGGACCCAAGGGUGAGAAUGGCCUCCCCGGUAUUGAUGGCAAGGAUGGGACGCCUGGAAUUCCUGGUGUGAAGGGGAGUGCUGGACAGCCCGGGAGACCCGGAAACCCUGGUCACCAAGGACUGGCUGGUUUGCCAGGUCAGCCAGGGACCAAAGGGGAACCAGGAGACAAGGGUGAGCCUGGCCAGAGGGGCUUCCCAGGAUUGUCUGGCCCCCCGGGGAAGCCGGGUGAGCCUGGGCCUAGAGGAGAAAUUGGCCCUCAGGGGAUCCCCGGGCUGAAGGGUGACCAAGGUGAGAGAGGGCCCGUGGGGCAACCAGGCCUGCAAGGAAGAGUGGGUGCCAAAGGAGAGCAGGGGCCUCCAGGGAUCCCAGGACCCCAAGGUCUGCCAGGCAUCAAAGGGAACAAGGGCUAUUCAGGGAAGACCGGUUCCAGAGGCAGCAGUGGUGAUCCAGGUGUAGAAGGUCUCUCUGGGGAAAAAGGAGAGAAGGGAGAGUCCGGCGAACCAGGUCCCAAAGGACAGCAAGGCAUCCGUGGGGAAACAGGCUUCCCAGGUCCCAUAGGAGAUGCAGGAGCCCCUGGAGUACAGGGCUACCCAGGACCCCCAGGGCCUCGGGGGAUCACUGGAGAAAGGGGUAUCCCAGGUUUGCCUGGAAGACAAGGUGUGGCGGGCCGGGAUGCCAGUGACCAACACAUAGUGGAUGUGGUACUAAAGAUGCUGCAAGAACAACUGGCUGAGGUGGCAGUGAGUGCCAAGCGAGAGGCUCUUGGUGGCAUAGGGGGAAUGGGUCCCCCAGGACCCCCUGGCCCUCCUGGGUACCCAGGCAAGCAAGGUCCACAUGGACACCCAGGCCCCCGAGGCAUCCCUGGUAUCAUUGGAGCUGUGGGUCAGAUUGGCAACACAGGGCCCAAAGGGAAACGUGGAGAGAAAGGAGAACGAGGUGAUGAGGGCCGUGGGCACCCUGGACAGCCAGGGCCUCCAGGAAUCCCAGGACUUCCUGGCCGGCCAGGCCAAUCCAUCAAUGGCAAAGAUGGAGACCGUGGAUCACCAGGUGCUCCAGGAGAGGCAGGUCGACCAGGCCUGCCUGGCCCCGUGGGGCUCCCAGGCUACUGUGACCCUGCAGCUUGCCUUGGAGCCUCAGCCUAUGCUUCUGCCCGCCUCACAGAGCCAGGGACCAUCAAGGGGCCCUGAGUCAGGCCAGAGCAACAGGGGGUGGGCCCUGCCUCCUUUGCCCAGCGCUCAUCCUACCCCCUUUGAUGGAUACCCAGUCCCCUGACCCAGAGGACACUGACUAAAGCUAAGGACCCAGGGGUUCAGUGGGCCGGUAGUCUACAUCAAGCAUCUUGGGAAAUUCCAAAUGAAGGAGUCACAAAGGGGGAGAACAAUCAGGUAGACCCCCGAAUCAGAAGGUUUGAAGGCCUAUUUCUUACCUCAGAUCUCAGACUUUUCCCCGAUGUGCUCCUAUGUCCAGAUAAACAUCUCCUUCACCCACUCCUCCUCCUCUCCACUCUCCAUCCUCUGGACACCUUGGAGGGAGGGCAGUUCCUAGUCUCGGUCCCUUUUACAGGUCCCUGCUCUUCCACAUUGACAUCCUGGGGUAGAAGUGUCCACAUUUGGGCCAACAAGUCAGCCUUCUCCCCGCCCCCUGCCCCAACUCAGCUCUGUGUGAAUAUUUAAGUAUACCCCCUCCUUCCCCAUCCAGAGCUGGGAAUACCUGGGCCAGAGCUGUCCAGACCCAGGGCUCCCCUUCCCAUAUGGCGAUGGUACGGCACAGGGUUGGAGGUCUGGGGC